GUUCACGAAAAACCAAUUCAACAUGCCGGCCAAUGCCUCAGGUCGGAUUAUCAAGACUCGAAGGGUGAAGAAAGGCACUGCCCACCACAAAAAUCACCGAUGGGAAUCAUUCACCACAAAAAUCUCGAAGUUAAACUCGCUCGACCCGAUACGAAGAGUUCGCCGCCAUGAUAUCGACGCCGAAGACCUCUCUACGAAUACAUCAUAUUUUAGGACGGGAUUGGAGAAAUGGCAGGAACUUAAUAUGUCGGAGGGCUUUAUCAGCUUCACCCAAGAUGUCCUCCCAAUGUGCGACAGCCUACCACAAAUUCUACAUUUCGAGGACAAGAUUAUGGAAAUAUUGGUCACAUAUCUUGAGAAGAAGCAGAGAGAGUCUGUGGAACCUUUGCUGGAGUUGAUGACAGAUUUUGCACAUGAUUUGGGACCGCGAUUUGAAAGGCAUUUUUCGAAUGCGUUGGAACUCAUUACCUCGAUAGCAGGUAUGCCUCAAGAUGUGGAAGUCAUUGAAUGGAGUUUUACGAGCCUGGCAUUUCUUUUCAAGUAUCUGUCGAAGCUUGUCGUGCCAGAUCUUCGUCCUACAUAUGAUUUAAUGGCCCCUCUGUUGGGAAAGCACCGACAACGACCCCACAUUGCACGCUUUGCGGGAGAGGCUAUGAGUUUCUUGGUCAAAAAAGCAGGAGCACCUGGACAAAGAGAGAACGCUCUGCCUCUUAUUAUGAAACAUGCAAAAGCAGAUCUUGAUAGCAUGUUGGGCACAAAAGAGUUUGGAUUGUACUAUCACGGGUUAAUGACUAUGUUCGCGGAAGCUAUGAAAGGGAACGGACUGAGCUUACAUACUACUGGACCUUCGAUUUUCCGUGCCUUGGUAUUGGCCCUUGACAAAAAGGACUUAGGCUUGAAAGAGCCUUCAGCAUGGAUGAACGUCGUCUGCGGAGUUUUGACCAGCAUGGUUCAUCACAGCAGUUCGGACACUUUCGGAGAACUGCUCGGAACUGUCAUCGAGCUUACAAAUUCCUCAGUUGAAUCGUUCGUAGAGUCAAAGGAAGCGAGUGCUUGCCGUUCUCUGCUUCUUUCCUCGCGGAUGAUUGGCAUUGUGGCAGGAGUUCGAAAAGGUUCCCGGAUCAGCGAUUGGCCAGGGCUUCUCAAAGCAUUGUCAAAUGUUUUGAAGGUUGUAUCCAAGCACUCAGGUUUUGUUAUACAACAUGAAGUUGAUCUGGAUAUUUGGAAUGGCCUGAUACAUAGCGUUGCCAUCACCCUCCAGUACGCCCCCAUGGAUGCCAUGAUCCCUUUCAUUUCAACGUUUAUGGACUCUUUGACCAAGGAGCCUUUGGCGAAAUGGUUCCUCACACUUUGCUCGUACAUCUCUGAUGCGGAACCGGAAAGAUUUAAAAGCAUCGUUUUACCCUAUUUUCAACGAUUCAUUGUUGCGCAUUGGUCGGAUGCAGAUAAUGGAGACACCUUAUCCGUCAUGUUACCAAAAAUGGUGUCUUCUGGGGUACUUCCAAGUAGAUAUGGGAAAGAUGGAUUUACGCUACCCCAGUCCUGGCAGGAUCAAAUUGUCAGCAAGUUUGAACGUCUAGAAGUGUCUCCUUUUCCGGAACAGGCUUCACCUGCCGUGUACGACCGCAGUCCAGCCACUUGGCAUGAUCGUUGUUUGCCGAAGUACAAUGCUCUGCUCGAGGUUCUUAAUAGCACAGUCGUGCAUCCAUCGACAAAUGCGAGAAUAGCGGAAAUCCUUCUUCGCAAACUUAAGCUCGCUCUACGACCUUCCUCCUCCCUUGCUCCAGAAGAGGCCAAUUUCAUUGUUGGCCGAGGCUUCAGCGCCUUUUCAAGGAUGACCAAAGGGGCAGGUGAGGUGGACCGAUCAUUAGAGCCACUGCUACGAGCAGCUGCUCCACGAUACGCCCGGGUACCAAAUUUUCUAGAAGCUCUGCUGGAUUAUGAGACGAGUCUCAAGGCAUUUCCAACUCCAAACACAGAAUCGUCCAUCAACAACUCAGAUUCCGAAAUCGAUUCCGACCUCCUAACUUUCUCUCUGAUAUCAAAUCUCUCUACCGCGUCUCACGAUCUACGACUUCUUUCUUUACGGCUCCUGGAUCAUAUCUAUGCCGUCAAUCACGGUUCAAGCUCCGAGGCGCUAUCCGCAAUGAUCAUGAUUGAGCAAACGCCGCUUGACUUGCAAACCGCACGCACUGCCUCGAUGCAUAUCCGAAAGCUCGCGACGCUGUACCCCAGCCAGGCACCAAAAUCGUGGCUUAAACAAGCGAUCCCUGCAUUUUGCUUUGGCAUGCUUACUGUCAAAUUUGCUCAAGUUUGGGAAGACGCAUCGGCGUCAUUGAAGCAAAUAGCAGAAUCGAAAGACGGUGAAGAAGCUGUUACUAGGCUUGCCUUCGAGUGGCUCGAGGAACCUUCGAUGGCAUGGGAUGGUGCCGGCCGGAAUGUCGAGCAGCUACACAACAACGGGCUGACAGAUUUCGAAUGCUCUAAUCUCAUGAAAUUGGAUGAGUUGGCGAAAGAUGCGCAAUCACAAGUUACCAAUGCACGGGAUACGAUGCUUCACAAUUUUGCUACUGCUCAGGAACUUGUGUCUGCCCGGCCGACCUCAGCGAGAGCGCAAGCCCUUCGAGUACUCUCUGCUGCUCCAGGAAUAGCUGAGAAGCGCUCUCGUCAGCUUGUUCCCAUGUUCCUCUCAUGGGCUGGACGUGCAGGUGACGAAAUGGAGCAGACCGAUGAGGAUAAUGAACCUGUCGUAAGUGACUGGACAAGGAAAGACCAGAAAGCUCAGCUUGAUCUAUUUGGACUUUUCUUGAAUACGAAGACGCUCUUCAAAGCAGACGAAGUCUACAAUGCGCUUCUUCAACUCCUUGCCAACGGUGAUAUCGAAAUUCAGAAAUCAGCACUGAAGGCCAUGUUCACGUGGAAAAAUUCAAGCAUAAAGCCUUACGAGGAAAAUCUGCUCAAUCUGCUGGAUGAGGCAAGAUUCAAGGAUGAGAUAGCUAUCCUACUUCAAGGCGACACUUUAGUUCAGCAUGAACACCGCGAAAGUUUGAUGCCCGUACUGUUGAGACUUCUUUAUGGCCGGUCGAUUUCUCGGAAAGGUGCAGCAAGUGGGAGAGCGGGGAUGGAAGCUCGAAGGCUGACGAUUUUGCGGAAUCUUGCCCUCGAAGAUAUUGGAGGGUUCUUGGACAUCGCACUUGGCGAGCUGAGAGACAUCUCUCUGAUACAAAAUGUUCUGCUUCAAGAUUUCAUAUUCGAGAAAGAAAUUUUGAGCGCCAGGAAGCAGGUCGGAUUCGUCCAUAUGAUGCAGGGCGUACUGAAGGAGCUUGGCACUAAAAUCACGCCUUUUACGAUGAAAUUGUUGGAUCCAGUGCUUUAUUGCAUCGUUCGUGCGUCACGACAGUUGGAAGAUGACCACCAGGAGAUCGAGCAAACAGAUGAUCAGACCAGUCAGACGUCUUUGCUCAAAGUUGUCCGCCAGACUGGCUUGAAGUGUCUAAUUCUUCUCUUCACGAAUGCUCUAGAAUUUGAAUGGCUGCCCUACAUCAACACAAUCAACAAAGAAAUUAUCUCACCUCGACUUGACAAUCUUCCGAUUGAGACUGCUCAAGGCGUGUCAGUCAUCCUCAAAUUGAUCUCAACGUGGUCUGCCUCAGAGAAGAUGGCCCUCUUCAUGGGUUGCAACAAACAGGUUCUACCCAAAGUCGCUGAAUGUUUGGCACCUCAGAAAUCGAAAGAUGAAGUGAAGUUAUUUGCCUUGAAUAUCAUCAAGAAUGUUGUCAAAUUGGCUCAGCAAGAUGUCUAUGGCGAGAUUGCAGGAAAGGUCAUGGAAGAACUGCUCACACCCAAUAUGGACCAAUUUUUGAUUCAAAUUGGUGGUGUCCUUCGAGGCCAACAUGAUAUAAGCAAAGAUCUCCUUGAAGCUUCUGUGGAAACAGUAUCCGAGCUUGCGCCAUUUGUCACAACUUCAUCUCAGGCUAGGAACCUGGUAGAUGUCUCAAUUUUUUUACUCGAUCAACCUUCACGCCGUGUUAGUCCCAAAACUAAAGGUGGUUUACUACUCGCUCUUGAACACUUUGUCCCGCUAUAUGAGCUGCAAAACGACGACAAUCUAAAGGAGAAAGUUUUCAACACUGUCACCUCGCUAUUCGGAUUCUUCAAGGACAAACAAUCACGUGAGGUACUAUCUCGAGUUCUCAUGGUCUACUCGCAAAAGGAUCCUGUGAUCGGUGACGUUGCUGGACUCUGCGUUGACCUGAAUUCGUUUGUGGAAGGGCGCCUCGAUGAGCCUGAUUAUGAUCGACGACUGAAGGCAUUCAACAGUAUCAAUACACCAAGAGAGACUUCUUUCACGGCUCGCCAAUGGACCCCUUUGCUGUUCAAUAUGCUCUAUUAUAUUCGGCAUGACGAGGAAUUCGGAAUUCUAUCCUCAAACUCCUCUGAUGGAAUCUGUCAAUUCGUCAAUACAGCUGGCAAAGCCGACGAGGAGUCAGAACAAACAGCUUUCAAGAAUAUGCUUUCGUCGAUUCUCAUGCCAGCCCUCUUUACAGGGGCUCGAGAACCAUCGGAAGUAAUUCGGCGAGAAUAUUUGAAGGUUAUGGCCCAUCUUGUCCGCAUAUUUCCUACAUGGUCAGAAGUCAGCGAUAUGCAUGGUCUCCUCGCUGGGGAGGAUGAACUCGAGUCAUCCUUCUUCAAUAAUAUCUUGACAGCUGGGAAGGGUCGGCAAUCUGGUGCACUCGGACAAUUGUCUGCAGCUGCAGAAAGAGGGGAGCUUACUGGCAAGAAUGUCGGCCACUUCUUUAUCCCGGCUAUCGAGCAUUUUAUUUUUGAUCGGGCUGAGGGGAAUGAUGCGCACAAUCUUGCUGCUGAAGCCACAACAACUGUUGGGAUCCUUGCAGGUUCCUUGGAAUGGCCUCAAUAUAGGGCAAUGCUCCGACGGUUUAUCGGUUAUAUUGAAGCAAAGCCAGAACUCGAGAAGCAGAUUAUCCGUUUGCUUGGCAAAGUCAUCGAUGCCCUGGCUCUUGCAGCACUAGAACCAUCUGAACCUGGCACAGAAGCAGCACCGAAGAAAGCAAGCACAUUGGCAAGGACGAUGCCAAAGCAGCAGAAGCUUGCCGACGACCUCACGUUAAACAUUUUGCCACCUCUUACUGUUUAUCUUCAUGACAAAGAUGAAUCGACCGUCAGUCUACGAGUUCCAGUCGCCAUCAUCAUUGUCAGGCUUCUCAAACUUCUGCCUCCAGAACAGUUGAAUGAAAGGUUGCCCGCUGUCUUGACGGACAUUUGCCACAUUUUGAGAAGUAAAGCACAGGAGUCUCGGGAUAUGACGCGGGAUACACUGACCAAGAUAUGUGUGCUGCUCGGCCCGUCGUGCUUUGGCUUUGUUCUCAAGGAGUUGCGUGGUGCUUUAGCUCGAGGUUACCAACUCCACGUCCUCUCGUAUACCAUGCAUUCGAUUCUCGUUGCCACGACUCCAGAAUACGCCCCUGGAGAUUUGGACUACUGCCUCCCAUCAAUAGUAGCCAUUAUCAUGGAUGAUAUCUUUGGCGCUACUGGCCAGGAGAAGGAUGCAGAAGAGUAUGUGAGCAAGAUGAAGGAAGUUAAGAGCAGCAAAAGUCACGAUUCGAUGGAGUUGAUUGCCAGGACAGCUACUUUAAGUCGACUGACAGACCUUGUACGACCGAUUCAAGUCCUGCUAAAGGAGAAACUCAAUCUACGAAUGGUGAGAAAGAUUGACGAGCUUCUGAAUCGAAUUUGCAAUGGCUUGCUCAAGAAUUCAGCUGCCCAAAGCCGAGAUAGCUUGAUAUUCUGCUACGAAGUCAUCCAAGAUGUCUACAAUAGCGAAAAGCCCCAAGAGAAAGUGAAAGAUGAUUACCGAUUGAAGAAGUACCUUAUCCAGAAGGGCGCUAAAAGGGCUGGCGAGAGAGGAAGCACGACUGUCUACACCUACAAACUGGUGCGAUUUGCCUUCGACGUCCUCAGAUCGGUUCUGAAGAAAUGCGACAAUCUAAGAACCGCGAGCAACUUGGCGGGUUUCAUUCCUAUACUUGGCGAUGCUGUGGUCCAGGCCGAGGACGAAGUGAAAGUUGCUGCCUUCCGCCUGCUCACUACUAUUGUCAAAGUACCAUUAAAAGUUGCCAGCGACGGCACAAACCUUUACCGAGUCGCCGCUGCCGAAGCUACAAAGUCUAUUUCUGCAAAUUUAUCAACUGCUGCCGACGUAUCACAAGGUGCCUUGAAGCUGAUCUCAGUUGUACUUCGAGAUAGGCCAGACGUACCAGUCAAGGAUACCGCUGUCGACGAAUUGCUGUCAAGACUCAAAGAUGACUUGACUGAGCCUGAGCGCCGUCAUGUGACGUUCAAUUUCCUACGAGCAGUCUUGGAUUCCAAAGUCGAGACCGCCGUGGUCUAUGAUACUCUUGAUUACGUUGGCACUGUGAUGGUCACGAAUCCGGAUAAGGAUACGCGAGAUCUAGCUCGUGGAGCAUACUUCCAAUUCCUUCGAGAUUAUCCACAGAAGAAAAAUCGAUGGUCAAAGCAGCUUGCAUUCAUCAUUGCAAACCUGAAGUAUGAGCAAGAAGGAGGACGAUUGUCAAUUCUCGAAGUCAUCCAUCUUCUGCUUUCCAAGUCAUCGGAUGAGUUCGUUCAAGAAGUCUCUGCGACAAUGUUUGUGCCUUUGAUAUUUGUUCUCGCCAACGAUGACGGCGAGAAGUGCCGCAUGGCAGCCGGCGAGGUUAUCAAACAGAUAUUCAAGAAAGCUGACGAAGAACGACUAAAUAAUUUCCUGGCUCUCCUUCGGUCUUGGAUCAAGGAAAGCGACAACCCAUCAGUGGUGAGACUGUCACUCCAGAUCUACGGAUUUUAUUACGACUCGCACGAUACUGAUGACAGCGAUGUGGCAAUCCUUCUGGACUGCAUUCAAUCUACCAUCAAUACUGCAGAGAAUAGCGACUCGGACUGGGAGCAGAUCUACGCCGCACUUCAAUUAGCCUCUAUCCUGGUCCAGAAAUUCCCUGACACUCUCCUCUCACCAAAGACAAAAGGCCUCUGGUCCGCGAUCCGAGUUUGCCUCUCAUACCCUCAUGCAUGGGUCAAGCUCUCCGCUGCCCGCCUUACUGGCAGCUUCUUCGCAGAUUUCGCACGAACAAACAUGGAGUCUGGCCUCGAAGGUCUCCCACUCAAAGGAUCUGGUGGUCUCAAACUCCGUGAUGACGACAUCAGGGACUUAAUCCGUCGCACGGCACAUAUGUUCAAGACGCCCGGUCUCACGCAGCUCCUUGCAGAUGAAAUCGUGAAGAAUCUCGUGUUCCUUGGUCGCUGCGCAGGGGUCAACGAUUUGAAAUGGGGCACAUCGCAGGAUGCUGAAUCCGAUGAAGAUGACGAGGAGGAAGCUGAAAAGGAGGAGCGGACGGCUCUGCAGUAUUUAUUCGGACGACUGAGUUUCAUUUUGAGGAGAGAAACUUCACCACCUCGUGCACCGGCGUUGAUACCGAAGACCUCCGCACUGCAGUUACUGGAGCUUCUCACCUCAAAACUCACACCAGAAACUCUAAUCCUAAGUCUCCAAACACUUCUUCUCCCGCUCUCAAACCUCACAGACCCCUCAAUACCCAUCCCAUAUUCCACCGACGACUUGUUCAAGAGCGGGUACGAAGCACUGCGUUCAAGCAGCGAAGUGAUAAUAGAAAACUUGAAGCGCAAAGUUGGCACGAAGGAGUAUACGGAGGCAUUACUGAGGGUUAGAGAGGGGGUGAAGGAAAGAAGGGUGAAGCGGAGUGCGAAGCGGAAGGUGGAGGCUGUUAGCGCGCCGGAGCGCUUUGGCGAAGGGAAAAGGAAGAAGGUUGAGAGGAAGAAGGAAAGAAGGAAGGAGAGGGGAGCCGAGCAUGCGAAGAGGAGAAAUGAGUAUUGAGUUGAUUGGUUUGCAUUUGGUGGUGUUCCGUGGCAUUAUCAGCACGAGUGAUGAGGGUAGCGGAGUUGUAGAGAAUGAGAAAAGAUACCUUGAAACUUUAUAUAAUUUACAAGCC